AAUUCGACCACCGUCGCUACCGGAGCAAUGGUGGCCACCGAUUCCGCCACCGCGUCGAAUAUCCUCCACCACAUAUCUGCCUUCAUCUCUGAGAUUCUUGCCCAAUCCGACCUCCGAAAGCGCCUUCUCUCCGCCAUCUACGGUAAAAUCUCACUGUCCGAUCAGAUUUCCCUCAAACCCCUAGGGCUCGCAGCCGAAGCUCUUGAAAACGCCAUCUCCGCCGAUAACUCCUCCAUCAGAGCAUCCUCUCUUCGUUGUGCAGAGAAUCUACUCCUCUCCCUUCCCGGAAACCCUUUCUCUUCCUUUCUAUUGUCCCUUGUUUACGGCCUCGAUCACCAAAAUCAGAACUCCGCUCUUAGUCUCCUCAACAUUUUCCUCUCCGACCCUUCAUUGGCUCGCUCUGAAAUCGCUCCGGCUCUCUUCGAACAGCUCUUUCUCCGCCAUUUCCUCCCCAUUUUUCACUGGUUCAACGAACAGAGAUCCAAAAUCCUGGCACCCUUCCCCUCGAAUUCAAAUCACAACAGUACCAAAUAUUCAAUCUGCGUCGAACCGGAGGUUUUCCCGUGCACGAAAUCGCUGUCGAAGUUGAGCAUUGAUCAGACUUUGAAGCUGAAGGACCUGGAAAGCAAUUACGAGCAGGUUCUGGACAAGAAUUGCAGAGUUUUUGCCAAACAUUUGAAAAAUAUUUUGGAAAGUAAAGAGGACCAUGGAUCGAUUGCUACUCCAAAGAUUAAAUUAUUGGAUAAGAGGGAGGAAUUGGAGGAAAUUGAGCAGAAUUCAUGGGACAAGUUCCGAAUCCGAACACAGCACCUCAGUUUACCCAAUGGACGGUAUAAUGUAAUAGUGAUUACUGCAUGUGAUAAUGACUUACUUCUCCUCUUCCAUAUUCUGCAGCCAAUAUGGGCUGAAGAAGAAGAAGAAGAAGAAGAAAUUGUCUCGCUUGAAGUCGACAGGACAAGCAAUUCAAACUCUCCGCUUAAUCCCUUCGCAGAGCAAGAAUGUUCUAUCUUCAAUUCGGCUGCACAGGACGAUUCUAUCCCAACUGAAAUUUUCUCAUCGGAAUCUGAGACCGACACGGAGACUGAAAUCGAGGAUAAUGACCGUCGGACCACAUUGUACGACUCUGGAGGAGAAAACCCCAAUACCCAGAAGCUGAAACAGACCAUUUCCAUAGAAGAAUCAAGAACCCAGUCGGUGGAAUUGGAUAUUGCCAUGGGAGAUUCCGGCAAGACCUCACCGAAAAGUGGCGAAAGGCAUAAUACCCCUCCCAAGGAUUUUGUCUGUCCCAUAACUUGCAACAUCUUUGAUGACCCAGUUACUUUGGAGACGGGUCAGACUUAUGAGCGUAGUGCAAUUCAGGAAUGGCUCGACAGAGGAAACUCAACCUGCCCAAUUACUGGACAGAAGCUGCAAAAUACCCAACUCCCCAAAACCAAUUAUGUCCUCAAACGGCUCAUUGCGAGUUGGCUUGAAGAGAAUCCCAAUUUUGUUUCGGACAAAACUCUGGAUGAGGCUCAUCCAGUGGCUGUUUUGACCUCCCCUGUUGGUGUCAUUAAUCAAGCCUCCAAUGACAGGAGUAUGAAGGAGGUGAGGCGUGCAAUUAGUAGCCUUUAUGCUUCUGAGAUUCUGGAGGAGGCUGAAACUGCUGUGCUUUCUGUGGAGCAGUUCUGGUUGGAAGGCAAUGUGGAAGUGGACUUUCAGCAUAUGCUGUUGAAGCCUCCUGUAAUCAAUGGACUUGUUGAGAUUCUUGUCAAUUCUGUUAAUCUCCAGGUUCUGGGAGCGGCUAUCUUUCUCCUAUCAGAGCUGGGAUUCAAAGAUGCUUCUGUGAUUCAGACGCUCACCCGAGUCGAGUCGGAUGUGGACUGUAUUGUGACCCUUUUCAAAAGGGGUUUUGAGGAGGCUGUUGUGUUGAUAUAUCAGUUGGGACUUUCUAGCCAGAGCCUACAAGAGAUGGACAUGGUGGGUUCGCUUUUGAAUGUCGUUAAGAAGAAAGAAGGAGAUGUGAAUAAGAUGCGUUUGAGUCAUAAAUCAGCUGCGGUGCUUUUGCUUAGGAAGAUUUUGGGAAAGAGUAAAGAAGGGUCUCUGGUUGCUGUUUCUGUGCUUGUUGAAAAUGCUAUUGAAAGUGUUUUAGGUAGUUUGAAAGCAAAACAGGUGGAGGAGAGGAUUGCUGCAGUUGGGAUCUUGGUAAAUUGUAUGCAAGAGGAUGGGAAGUGCAGAAAUACAAUAGCCGAUAAAGCCGAGUUAGCUCCCGUUAUGGAAAGUUUCAUGGAAGCAAGUAACGACGAACAGUUUGAGAUCAUUAUGUUUCUCUCUGAAUUAGUUAAGCUAAACAGGAGGACAUUGAAUGAACAAAUUCUUCAAAACAUAAAGGACGGAGGUGAAUGUAGCACUAUGCACUCUCUUUUGAUAUAUUUACAGACUGCCCACAGAGGUCAAUGCCCUGUAGUGGCUGGCCUUCUGCUACAACUUGAUAUCUUGGUGGAACCACGAAAGAUGAGUAUGUAUCGAGAAGAAGCAAUGGAUGUUCUUAUUUCAUGCCUCGGUGACUCCGACUUCCCGACUGCUCAAAUUUCAGCAGCCGAGACCAUUAUAUCUUUACAAGGGAGGUUUAGCACAUCGGGAAGACCCUUAGGUAGGUAUUCUCUUCUUGAACGUGCCGGACUUACGAAAGGUCACAGGAAACUCAUACGAAGAGAUAACAUUAACAGUGCUCUUGGAGAAGUUGAACUUACAAGAGAAGAAGAGAAGGCAGCCAAUGAAUGGGAAAGAAAGAUGGCAUUUGUACUGGUAAGCCAUGACUUUGGCUUGCUGUUUGAACCAUUGGCAAAAGGCUUAAAGAGCAAAUAUGCAGCGCUAUUUUCAGCAUGCUUUGUCUCUGCCACAUGGCUCAGUCAUAUGCUCAGAGUUCUUCCGGACACCGGGGUUCUUGGAGUUGCUCGAGUUUGCUUGCUCGAUCAAUUCAUAUCAAUUUUCACAACGACGACAGAUAUUGAAGAGAAAGCACUUGGCUUGCUAGCAAUAAACAGUUUCAUACACGAACCGGAAGGACUGCAGUGCCUAAGUACCAACAUGAAAGAUAUUAUGAGAGGUCUAAGGGAACUUAAGAAAUCUACACCAUUGGCCUCUGACAUGCUAAAAGUCGUAUGCGAGGGACAAGAAUCGAGUACUGAACUCUGGAGUCAUCAAGAAUUGUUUCAAGUAGACUGCAGCAAAAAUGGAGAAGUACUAUCAAUUGUUUACUUCAAAGACAAGAUCAUUUCUGGCCAUUCAGAUGGAACAAUCAAGGUCUGGUCUAUUAGAGGAACUAAUAUACAUCUCCUACAAGAAAUCCAAGACCACUCCAAGGGAGUCACCAGUCUAGCAAUUUCAAAAUCUAUAGAGAAACUAUACAGUGGCUCUCUAGACAAGACCAUUAAGGUAUGGUCUCUAGGCAGUGAUAUGAUCAAAUGCAUACAAGUUCACGAUGUGAAGGAUCAUAUUCAUAAUUUAGUCGUUUCGGAUAGCGUUGCAUGCUUCAUCCCACAUGGAGCUGGUAUCAGGGUUUAUUCAUGGGGUGGGGAAUCGAAGUUACUAAACUCGAGCAAACAUGUCAAGUGUUUGAAUCUUGUGCAUGGAAAACUUUACUGUGGAUGCCAUGAUAGUAGCAUCCAGGAAGUCAAUUUGGUUACAGGAACCUUAAGUUGCAUCCACAGUGGCUCUAGAAAAAUAUUGGGAAAGGCUAAUCCUGUCCAGGCACUUCAAAUCUACGAGGAACAGUUAUUUUCAGCCAGCACUGGUUUAGAUGGAGCAGCUGUGAAGAUCUGGAGUACGUCGAAUUACGAUGUGAUUGGAUCACUGUCAACUAGGCUGGAUGUAAGGACUAUAGCUGUAAGCUCAGAUCUAAUUUACUUGGGAGGCAAAGGAGGACUGGUAGAGAUUUGGAGCAGGGAAAAUCAAAACAAAAUAGACACACUUCAAACUGGUAGAAACUGCAAGGUUGAUUGUAUGACUCUCGACGAAAAGGAGGAAGUUCUGGUUGUUGGAACGUCUGAGGGUCGGAUUCAGGCCUGGGGACUGUAGAGAAAGGAGAGGAGUGCCUUAAAAAAUAUGUGAUUUUGAUAUAAACUGUUAAAAAA